AUGGCUCAGGAGCCCCAAGCAUUGGCCAGAGGUGAUUUGGAUUGGUCCCUCCCGCCCAGUCCCGCCCCUCACCCGGAACUCGCCCCACCGGGCCCCGCCCUCACGCACGCCGCGGCGCACCGCCUCAGUCUCCGCCAGCCAAUCCGGCCUCUCCGGUGGUUGCGCGCUCCGCCCCCUCCGGUCCGGGCACGUCUCCCCCGCUCGGCACGCCUCCCCCGUUCUGUCCGCCUCACUCCUUUCUGGGCUGUUGGGCCGCGCGCCUGUGGGGGCGGGGCCCGGGGCAAGCGACCCAGCGUAGCGGGUCGGUGGCCGCUGCUGGAUCUGCCCCGGCGGCGGCGGCGGAAGGAGGCGGUGGCUGCUGAAGGGGGAAGAUGGCGGCGUCUGUCCUGCCGAGAGUGUCGGUGCAGCUGUGUGCGCUUCCGGGAUCCUGCUCAACUUCUACACCGACUACGUGGAGGGAGAGAAGGAGUGGGACGCCUAGCACCUGACCCUCUGCAACUUGGGGUCCUGGAUGAAGUGCUCCACCGCCCUUGCCUCCAGCUACUUGGGAGGCCAAUACAGGAGGAUCACUUGAACCGAGGAGACCGACAUUGCAGUGAGCCAAGAUCAUGCCACUGCACUCCAGCCUGGGAGACAAGCAAGAUUUCAUCUCACACACAAAAGAAAACAAAUAUACACGAAUCCUUUCCUAGAGUCCAGCGCCUCAUUCCUGUCCAGGAUCACCUUCUGGUAGAUCACAGAGACUACCGGAAGGUUGAUCAUCUGGGGCUACCACCAGCCCCUGCAGAGCAGUGGCCUCUGGUCUUUAAACAAGUCAUGCCUGUUUUGGUAAAGAACUCGAAGAAGAAAUGCGCCAAGUCUGGGAAAUUCCACUUAUGCAGGGCUCCAUGGCUGUUUCCCAUCUUCAAAUCUUCAGUCUAUGAAAGCACAGAUUCCUGAAAGGAUGGCCUCAAAUGAUCAGGAGUGGGACCGCUCUAUAUCUCUGCCCUUGAAUAACAACCUAACGAGUAUCUACUAACUACCAGCACAGACACAUCUCCAACUACCCAGCUGAACUUCAUGACUGAUUUGACAGCCAAUGAUGCCCCUGACCCAGCCUACACAGAUGUGGAAAGGACAUCACUGAAUUUGGAAAAGAGGCAGAGAUGAGGAGAUACCUGCCCUGGGCCACAGAUCUAUGUAGUUCAGCUAUCUCCAGCCCAUCAGUACCCAAGGGGCUCUAAGCCACCCCUCUGCAAGUCAGGAUGGAAUUAAAUGAUACCACAUUUCUGUCUGCUGUAGAGACUUUUCCCAGUGUCUCCAAAUGUUUUAGCAUCUUACCGAAAAAUCUUCAAGUUUGUCAGUUCUUGAUUUAAAAAGCACAGAAGUCUGUUUAGAGCUUCCUUGAACUCUCUAUUUUAAUGUGCCUUUUUAGAUAAUGUCCAAUAUCUUGUGUCCUUCAUUUUUUUAUUAUAUCACACUUGUCAUAAACCCUAAUAUUCUAAUCUCUUAUUGAAUAAUCCGUAUCCAGUGUCUUUUCUCCUCAAACUUGGCCUUUCCUUCUCAUUCCAUUCUUAGCCAUAUCCAUUGGGCUCAUUAGCUAAUUUUAUUCUCAUUCUAUCCACUGAGUGCACCAGACUCACUCCCUUUUUGUAUUAUUAAAACACAUGCAAGGCCAGGCGUGGUGGCUCACACCUGUAAUCUCAGCAUUUUGGGAAGCUGAGGCAGGCAGAUCACCUGAGGUCAGGCAUUCGAGACCAGACUGACCAACAUGGAGAAACCCUGUCUCUACUAAAAAUACAAAAUUAUCUGGGCAUGGUGAUGCAUGCUUGUAAUCCCAGAUACUCAGGAGGCUAAGGCAGGAAAAUUGCUUGAACCCAGGAGGCGAAUGUUUUGGUGAGCUGCAAUUGUGCUAUUGCACUCCAGUCUGGCAACAUGAGUGAAACUCUGACUCAAAAAAAAAAAAAAAAAAAAGCCAAUAGAAUAAAAAAAGAAGGAAGAGUAUUGGGCUUUAAAACAAGUUCAAAUCUCAUAUCCACCACGUCUUAUGUCUGAAAAAAAAGCAUCCUAAUCUCUUUGAUUCUCAAGUUCUCUAUCUAGAAUAUCAUUUGACCAUAACAUUAACACAGAUUGAAGUACUAGAAGAUAUUUUAAGUAGUCCUAAGAUUCCUUAAAUUUUUGUAAUUCUAUGUGUUUUUGGUUCUGUCUAUAGGAAAAUUGGGAAUACAUAGCCAGCAGAAUUUGAAAACAUAAUGAAACACCAAGGAAGAAAAGUCAUAGAAAAAGAAAAACAAAAAAUAAAAAAGCAUUAUGGAAGGAGGCAGAAAUACUAGCCUACAGGAAAAACAAAACUGGGAAGUUAAAUAAUUUUUCUUCAAGACUUGCAAAAUUUUGGUUUUGUAAAACUUUCAGUCCUAUGGCCAAACAUUUACCCUGCCCUAAAAACUUUGAUGGUUAAUUAAAAAGAAAAAAAAAAAGCAAUGCUGUUUACCACAAAAAUUGUCAGAUUUAUUAAGACAAACUCAAGGACUAACCUCAUUUCUAACAGUAACCUAAAAUGAGAGUUUAACUUAUUUAGACUCAUUAAUUUAGACAUCAAUUAAAAUAAUUAAUCUGACUAAUCUUAUUCAGACCUAUACCUUGAUCAAAGUGCUGCACAGAUAUCUCUAUCAAUCUGCACUGAGGAGCAAGAGAAAAGAUUUGAAAGCCAGAUUGUCUGGCAGUCAAACUGUGGGUCAGCUACUUUGUGAACUAUGGGAUCAUGAUCCAAUUAGUCAACCUCUAAACCACAGUUGCCUAUUUAAUAAACAGUAGGUUAUAAGAAAACACACGUUGUGAUGGCUUCAUGAGAUAAAUGCAUAGCACAUAAUAGGGUGGUUGGCCCAGAAUACAACACUCAAUAGAUAUUAGUUUUUUCCAUCUUUAUUUUCUUAGUUAACGUAAUUUUUUAAAUCUGUAAAAUUCUGACUGUAGAUUCUUCAGAACUCCUAGAGUCUAUUAAAGGAAAAGGUAAAAUGCAUUUUAAAUCAUGUAUAGAAUAUUAAAACCAUAAGAAAGUACAGUCAUGCAUGGCUGUAAUUUCAACUAUUUGGGAGGCUGAGGAAGGAAGAUCACUUGAGAAACCCAGAAGUUUGAGACCAGUUUAGAAAACAUAGCAAGACUCUACCUUCAUUAAAAAACAAAAAAGUAUGCACAGUUUAUGUACAUGCUUUAGAUCAUUUUUCUUUAAAGUAUAGGACUGAUGCUUUGUUACAAAGCAUUUUUUUGGGAGCAUACCUGGGACCUUAUUAGAAUUAAUAUAAAUUAUACCUAUUGGUAAGUAAUUAAUGCAGUAAGAACUCUUACUUUCCUUACUUUGUAUUUAUUAAAUGCAAAGAAUAAAUUUAUUAAAAUUUAA